CCAAGUAGCAGGUGAAAUAUCGGUUUCCAUCCAGUGUUACAAAAUGAAUAUGUACGCUGUGCCCAGCCCGGGAAUGCCAGGCUGUCCACCGGGAUUAGAAUACCUCACUCAGGUGGAUCAACUACUCAUCAAACAGAAAGUUGAACUUGUUGAAGCUCUUGUUGGUUUCGAAAGCAACAACAAGUAUGAAGUACGUAACGUCAUGGGUCAGAAUGUGUUCUACGCAGUAGAGGAGAAUGACUGUCUGAGUCGACAGUGUUGUGGUCCCAUGCGUUCCUUCACCAUCCACGUCCUCGACAAUUUUGGACAAGAAGUCAUUACCGUCACCAGGCCCCUUAAGUGCAUGUCUUGCUUCUUCCCUUGUUGUCUACAAGAGCUGGAGGUGCAGGCUCCCCCAGGUAACACAGUGGGGUACAUUAUACAACAGUGGCACCCGUUCUCGCCUAAAUUCAUCGUUGCUAAUGAACACAGGGAGCCUGUACUGAAGAUCCAUGGGCCCUUCUGUGGAUGGAGCUGCCUUCCAGAUGUUGACUUUGAGGUUUUGACAAUGGAUGAAGUCAGUAAGAUCGGGAAAAUCAGUAAGCAGUGGACAGGACUUCUACGGGAAGCAUUCACAGACUCAGACAACUUUGGCAUCCAGUUUCCCAUGGAUCUGGAUGUGAAAAUGAAGGCUGUUAUGAUUGGUGCAUGUUUUCUCAUUGAUUUCAUGUUCUUUGAGACCACUAACUAGGAGCCAAACAGGAUUCCUAUGUAAGCAUACAACAUUCCUGGAAGAACAAGGCCAUAAAGCCAUGAUGAUCAGUCUCAAAUGCCCUAAUAUAAGGACAACCUUCAAAUGGAUAGUUAAACGAAAGUACCAGAAGGUACCUAAAUGUUAUAAUUUUGCAUGAACGAUGAAAUAGGAGGUUUGUUUUAGUCUUAGCUGCUCAGGUUGGUUGUAAGAACACGUCACUGAAUACAGAUCUGGUCAGGGCUGUGAGAACACAGCACAGUGUUUUUAGACAAGCUCUUCUUUUGUGUUUACAUUUCUGUCCUGGAGUCUAUCCCGGUCCAGAAGCCUCAGAUACUAGAGGGAUGACUUCGAUGUGUAAGUACAUUUAAAGGGAACACCUUUACAGGCAAGUGCUGAAAGACGGGUGUCAUUAUGAUUUGAGAAAAUGGCACUCGUGUCAUUUGGUGAUAUUGAUAAAGAUGUUAAUUUAACUUCAACACUAUGCUUGUAGCUGUAUUGUGUGAUAACUGAAGGACUUGUUUAAUGUAGUAAUUUAUAGUUCAGAUAUUUAAAGCCCCUAUUUAUUGAUUUAUAUUUUGGUAUGUUAACAAUAUGUCAACAUAGAGCUAUGUAUGUUUGGGCACUGCUUUGUGCGUGUGUUUGUGUGUCUGUGUGCUAUGAGUAUACUUGUGUUUGUUUUAAAUGAAACUAACAUAGGAUGCAAACUAAUGUUUUUGACGCCAUAAUAAUUAUGGACUGUUAGCUCUGUAGAAAGGUUGUUUUUUGGAAGUGGACACGGUUAAAGCGUCUACUGUCCCAGUCUUGUCCACAAGAGGGAGCUAGGUUUUCAUUUAAGAGUAACCCAACACAGCCCGAAUAUACAAACUCAAUACCCGCUUAUGCCAUAAGUUUUUAUUAAAAUAUUACCGUCUGAUGACAUUGUAUAUUUUUGGACAAACUCAGGUUGAAAUGCAUGCUAUUGUAAUAUAGUGUUGGCAUCUGCUGCCCCAGGAAUGACACCUGCAACUUAUACUAUGAAUAUAAAAGUUGAUCAAUAUUUUGGAGGAAGUUUUGUACAUUAUGACGUUUUCUUUUACAUACCCUCAUGUUGCAUACAUGGAUCUAUUUCACUGUUACAUUACACAUGGUAUUUUGGCUUCACAUGUUGAAAAUACACAAGUUAGGUGAAACAUUAAUUCCUUAUCAAAUCUCCAUUGAUACGGAUGUGCUUCAAUGUGGAAUUCAAUAUGAUUUAAUGAGUGUGGCAAUCAGUCUUAUCAUGGAUGAUACACUGUAAAGUAAAAGUAUUGUAGCACAGACAUAAUCAAUGUGCUACAUCAACUUUAGGGCCAUUAAGAGCUUGCUUGUAACACCAUGAGAAAAAGUGUUUUCCUAUCUAUAUAUGCGGUAUGUGGUUAAGGUACAGAAGAUGUUAAAGUGAAAAAAAAGAAAAAUCACAAGUCUUUUUUUUCAACACAUAUUAAAGUCGUAUGUUUAUUUUUUAUGGAAAAUGUUACAAAUUACGAACCUUUUUUUUUCCAGUGAAAUCACAAUUUUUUCUUGUUUUACUCUUGUUUGUAAAUUUAGCCUACCAUAAAUGGAUUUAUCUUAAUUUGCUUUUAAGACUUAAGAUAUGAUCAAGGACUUUUUGCAGUCUAUUCUGUUUUCAUGGCUUAAAUCAUUGAUAAAGUACUCAAUUUAAGUGAAUCCAACUUGCGUUCUUUCUGUUAAGAUUAGGUGGAUCAUUUGGCACGUGCUGUUGGUAGAAUAGUAUAAGAUGCUGGUGCUACAUCCUCUGAAGGCUCUUUGAUUGUAUUUAAAAGCCAAAAAGUUACAUUGGAAUGUGGCACAAAGGGAAUUUAGCCAUUCCCACACAGUCCUAUAUUUAAAACACAGUUAAAAUACUUAUUCUUCUACUUUUGCACUACUACUGUGAACUAAUAAACCAUUUAAUCAUCCAAUGAAUGCAAACAAACUCUGUGAGCUGAGCUUCAGUUGUGCAAAUAGUCCAUGGAAUCACUUCAAUAAAAAAGUAAUAUUG